ACUCUCUUAAUUUUAUAAUCGUAUAGUUGAAUACGAUUAAUUAAGUAUAUCUUCUAGUUAUCGGUCUAGUUAAGAAACUAGAUGAGAAACAUUUAGAAUGGACAGAUAGCUGGAAAUAGACAGUUAAAGAAGGACACAGUCUACUAGUGACGCCAGAGUUUGUGAAGAGAUGAAGAUGUCCAGGAACAGAUCAGGUCUCCAGCCUCUCAAAGCUACUGUUCCCUUCACGCUGCACAAAGCAGCUGGAGCUGCCGUCACAAAUAUCACUCCAGGUGAUAGAACUCAAGCAGAGUGGCGUUUGCAGACUCCGAUUCGGCACACAGUAUCUUUGGAUGCGAUUGUAGGGUCGUACCUGCAAGGCCAGUGGCCCAAAGAGGGCGACGGACACGACAGGGAAGACAAAUCCACACAGGUGAAGGGAUUCCAUCUUCUGACUAAAUCAUUAUGUGUUUUUCUCUCUUCUCAGUCCCCUGCUCUAUUAAUCCCACCUGCGUCAUUGACUCGACUGUCGUCACGCUUGCGUCAAAGUGAAGAGAGACUAGAUCUGGAGCUGGAGAAAGUCUUCACACAUAAUUCAUCAGUUCACCACUGUGGACUGUAUGAGGUUCCUGAUGGCCACAGGGCUCCUGUUCCACACCUGAGCUCCAGGAGUGGAUUUCAGAUUGGAUCUUCCUGUGUAGCUUCCCUCUCUUCUUCUUCCUCAUCCACAUCUUGCUCUCCACAUUGCCCUCUAGAUCUCGACUCUGUUGAGGAGGUCAGCUCAUGUAUCCUAAAGCUGUCCUCAUCACCACGGCCCAAUAACAGCUACUGCUUUCAGAGAGAUCCACCAGAGGGUUGUGAGAGAGUCCGAGUGUGUGAAGAAAACGUCCUUCCAUGUUUGGACCAAGUGUACAUGUUCUCCUGCCCCGACCCAAACAAAGUGAACUUCUCCACACACACAGGCUCAGCCUUCUGCCCUGUCAAUCUCCCGAGGCCCCUCCUACCUCCAGUGGACUUCCUGAUCUGCAGCCUCUCAGUUUCUCCAGGGUCCUGUUGGGUGGGACAGUGAGGAGUUAAUAA